AUGAGAGCAGUUAUGUUGGCGAUAUCCACUGAUACACGACGAAGUGAUUGUAAUUUAAUAGUUUUCAUGAGCUCAGGUGGGGGAAAGAAGUCUCGUAAAGGUCGGAAACAUCAGCAAAGCAGUGGUCCAUCUGGUGUUCAAGAGGGCAUGGAUCGUGAUGACCGUUCGUCAAAUGCCACACGUGAAGGGCCCUCCUUGUCUACAUCAGUGUCUCCGGGUCCGUCUAGUGGUUUGGAUGUUUCGUCUUCUUCGAAGGAAGCAAUAGUUCCUUCAGAAACCGCACGUCAGAAGAAAAGUCAUCCGAAAUUGGUGUCAACAUCUCCACUUUCGGAAGAAGUUUCUAAACUGAGUUUGACUAAUGUGUCUAUUCCCAGCAGACCAGACAAAGGCGGUAAGGAGGGGAAACCGACAACUGUCACUGUGAACUGUUGGGAUUUCUCUGUUCAACCGAAGGUUCUUUACAUGUACCGUGCAGAGGUUAACAAAGUGUCUCGUAUCAAUGAUAAAGAUGCAGUAAAGUGUGAAAUACGAAUGUCUCCGAAAGAUAAACGUGAUUUAAUUUCACACAUUACUCAGAAACUACCUAAAAUGAUAGUUUAUGAUGGGGGCCAUGAUAUAUAUUCCUUGGAGCGCCUACCUGGAGUUACCACAGAUCCAGUGAAGAAAGAAUCUCCUAAUGCUAGUAAAGCGGAUGUAGCUAGUGAAGUGAUCCGGUGUGCGGCAGUUCGACCAGCCGAACGUUUCCGGGAGCUUCAAAAUUUCGUUAAUAAUAUGUUCAAAUCACACCCACUGAUUAAACAAUUCAGUUUGUCAAUCCAACCGAAGCCAGCAGAAAUUAAGGCACGUGUUAUCCAACCGCCAACUGCUGACUUUGGUCGUUCAGGUGUGCGGCCUCUCAAGGCGGGUAGUUUCAACUCACCCGGUUUUCAUGACCCUGCGGGAAAAGAAAGGGAAUUGAUGUGGGCUAUACUUAGUGUUCCGCCUAAUAAGUUGGCCCAGGGUAAUGCACAAAAGGCGAUAGCGGAAUUGCUGAAAGCUGCCAAACGCUUCGGUGUUCGUUUAAGCCCUUGUCCGAUAGUGUCACAUUGCCCGAAAAGAGAACUUAACAGAAAGUUUGAGGAGUUCUCCAAACAAGGGUGCGCGUUUCUACUGCUUAUCCUUUAUGAUGAGCAGUGCUAUUCGGAAAUCAAACGUCUCAGUGACCUACAAAUGGGGAUUCGCACCCAAUGUGUACGAAGUCGUACUUUGAGCAAACCAAACGUAUUCCCGAACCUGCUGCUCAAGCUGAAUGGCAAACUCGGUGGUGUUAAUUGGCGAAUACCAGGCCUGAUUAAAAGCAGUGAGGAACUGAUAAUGGUGUUCGGUGCUGACGUCACUCAUCCGGCGCCCACCCAAAUUCAGCAAAUUCGGAAGUCAGUAGCUGCUGUUAUCGGCAGUGUGUCACCUGAUCUGAUGAGAUACGCGGUAGUCGUCCGACAACAGGCAACGACAGAGAAGGGCAAUAAGGCGACAAGAGAAAUAAUUGACGAUAUGCGUCUCACGGUUAAAGAAUUACUUCAGCUUUACUUGAGAAAUACAAAUGGACGUUUUCCAACACGAAUGAUAUUCUACCGUGAUGGUGUUUCGGAAGGUCAGUUCGAAAAUGUGUUAGUGGAGGAGUUAGCUGCCAUUCAGAGAGCCUGUGCAGAUAUUCGUCCCGGUGUAGAGCCUGCUAUCACUUAUAUUGUUGUGCAAAAACGUCAUCAUAUUCGACUGAAACCAUUUGACUCCAGGGCGAGGAACGUUGAGCCGGGAACGGUGGUUGACACAGACAUCACACAUCCCAGGGAAUUUGACUUCUACCUCUGCUCUCAAGAAGGGAUACAGGGUACAUCGAAACCUGCUCAUUACCACGUUUUGUACGAUGACAGUAAUUGGACAUCGGAUGCGUUGCAAAUGUUCACCUACUACUUAUGCUACGGGUAUAUGAGGUGUUGUCGUAG